GCAAGACUAAAACUUUUGAGGGAAAUUAGUUUUAUUUAUUUUUUCCAUCAGAUUUGUUUUAAUGCAUUUAAUUAGAAAGGAGAAAGAAAACAUCUAUAAAGAGUAAAAAGAUCUGGACUACCCUGAUCUGGGUCAGUCUGUGACUGCAGAACAAAAUGACUCUUAACAACACAACUUACGACUACGAUGAAGAGUAUGAAGACCAGUUGUGCCGCAAAGACGACGUGGUCAAACUUGGAUCCAUCAUUAUCCCGCUGUUUUUCUCUAUAGUGGUUGUGAUGAGCUGCAUUGGGAACGUCCUCGUCUUGAUCAUCCUGGCGCUUUACGAGAGUCUUAAAUCCUUGACCAAUGUGUUCAUCCUCAAUUUAGCUCUGUCAGAUCUGCUCUUCACUUUUGGUCUUCCGUUCUGGGCUUCAUACUUCAUCCAUGGUUGGACAUUUGGAGAGAUUGGCUGUAAAGCGGUCAAGUUUCUGUUCUACGUGGGCUUUUACAGCAGCGUGUUGUUCUUGACUCUCAUGACCAUUCAGCGCUACAUGGCAGUGGUUCAUCCUCUGUCCGACUGGGAGAAAUGCAGAUGUUUUUCAGUCGCUCCCAUUAUCAUUUGGAUGAUGAGUGGAACGGCUGCGCUGGUCGGUGCACUUCAGAGCAAAGUCAUGAAAGAUCUGAACAACACAUACUGUGAAUAUGAAAGUAUUCCAGUCAAAUUAGGCAUUGCUUAUUUUCAAAAUGCUUUUUUCUUCGCUGCGUUUCUGAUUAUGGGCUUUUGUUAUGGCCGAAUGCUUCAGACUAUAACAAAAGCACGCACUAGUAAAAGACACAAGACCGUUCGAUUAAUAUUCUGCAUCGCUCUGGUGUUUUUCAUCGGUUGGACUCCAUAUAACAUUGCUAUGUUCCUGAGAUCUUUGACCGAUCAAAAUAUCCCUCCAUUCACCAUCUGUGAAGUAAGCAAAACAGUCGACUACGCAUACUACUUUAGUCGAUUGUUAGCUUUCUCACACUGCUGUUUGAAUCCAGUGUUUUACGUGUUUGUUGGGGUAAAAUUCAGGAAUCACCUGUGUAUGAUUCUGGAGAAGAUCUUGAAAAAAAAAAAACUCGAUUCCAGUCGGAGCAGAAUGGCAAAAAAUCAGUCGCAAGGUUCAAUGUACUGAGAGAAAACUCGAGCACUUUAACCGAAUUCAACCAACUGUGAGUUCUUCGGAAUGUACAUACUGUUGAGAUUCAACCCGGCUAGAGAUUCUGGUGUAGCAAAUAUAGCAUUUUUUUCUAAUUAUUAGGAUACUAUUCACAGCAUUAGCGUCAAAAAUUGCUCAGCAGGCACUAGGGCUGUGCAAUUUAGGGAAAAUAUAUUAAAUAAUACUUUUUUUUUUUGCCAGAUAUUGCGAUUUUGACUUAAUGAGCAAUUUAAUUCUGUAGUCAAGCUUCAGCUCAAUAAUCUGUCUCAUAGCUUCUCACUGCUAAAAUGCAGCGGGUGUUAGUAAGAAAAAGGAACUGAAAAGGUAUUAACUGAGAUUAGCAAACAACUCGAAAUUGUACUUAGCUGUUGCUAGCUACUAGAUUUAGUGUCACUGGCAAUACUUUUAGCUGACAUUUAGCAAGACGCUCCUCAUAUAGUCUUAACCACCUGUGAUGCUUUUUUAGGUGCUGGUUAUUGUAUUUCCUCAUGCUGUGGCAACAAUUCUGUGACAGCUAUGACAAAUGACCUGGUUUUGUUUGGUGUCUGUGACUGUGAAACCAAAAUAUUCCCAUAUUACUGAUGUCCUGUUAUACUUUCAUAUUAAUUCGUCUAUUAAUGCUUCUGAAGAAGCAGACACC